AUGCCUCUUCGCGGUGGCCCGUCGUUGCCAAAAUCUCUGCUCGAAGAGCUCAACAACAAUGCAGGCACGUCCUCUGGUGAUGACGGCAAAAAAUGGUCCAAAACGGGUAAUCGGCAGUUGUCGAGAAAAGAAACCCGGAAACAGGAUCGUCAGUCGCGCAAAGAGCGCAAAGCGGAAUAUUUCACCUCUUUACAUGUUAAUAAUCCCCGUCUGAAAAAUAAACGCAACACCGAGGAUGAACAUCCGGAAUCCCCAAAACGCAAGAAGGUCAAGAUAGCGCACACGCCGAUCACAACCAUCAUUGCUCCUCGAGAUGCACGCUCUUCGCUAUCCCAGCCUAAAAUUUCUAAGGAACGAAUAGCGCCGAGUACAAAGGUUUCGUCCAAAGCCCGCAAAGUACCUCCUCCAACAAUCGAGGUUCCUGUCGCUUCUCGCUCGCGCCAGGAUGAAGAGGAAGAUGCAUACAUUGCGUACUUGGAGUCAAAAUUGGGGUGGAAGAAGGGAGGCAAACGUACAACCAAGUAUGGUAAAGGCGGAAACGAUGGACUUGAUGAUCUUCUGAACGAUCUCGACAACAUGGAGCGAUCUGUAUUUAGCCAGCCAGAGGUGAUAUUGAACACUACAGUAGAGUCUAACGAAAGCGUCUCUGACACAGAGCAAGUUGCAUCCGGCGAGGAAGAGGAUAAGGGAAGUCCCUUAGACGGUGGAAGUUCAUCAGAUGAGGAGGAAUCUGUCGAUGCCGAGAGGGGGUUGGGUUAUGCUGAACGUCUUGACGAUGGUUCAGACGAUGACAAGUCGAGUAGCUCGGUGCCUGCGACCUCAACUCCUGCCGCAGCCGGUUCCAGAUACAUACCGCCGCAUCUCAGGAAAGUUGCACAGGUGGAGGACGAAGGCCAAUCAGAGGAGCAGGUAAAGCUAAGCAGACAAUUGAAGGGUCUGUUGAAUCGGAUGAGCGAGCAAAACAUAGCAUCAAUCGUCGAUGCCAUUGAGGAACUCUAUCGCAGUCACAGGAGGCACGAUGUUUCGUCGACUCUGACGACUCUAAUCAUUGAUGGGAUAUCGGCUCAUUCUGCCUUGCUCGAUUCUUACGUCGUUCUGCAUGCUGCCUUCAUUUCCGCCUUCCACAAGCUUAUUGGUGUUGAAUUUGCCGCGUUCUUUGUACAGCAUGUUGUAAAUGCAUAUGAGCGCUACUUUCCGCAACCAGCCCAACAGCCAGUAGAAGAUCGUGGUGACGCCGCCGGUUCUGGACGUCAGCCAAAUGACGAGACUAUAGGCAAAGAGUGCACCAAUCUCGUGGUCUUACUCUCCGAGCUUUAUAAUUUUCAGGUCAUCUCAUGUGUAUUGGUGUAUGACAUUAUUCGCGGGCUUCUAGACGGCGAGCUUACGGAAUUCAAGGUUGAGCUUUUACUCAAGGUCACACGGAAUUCCGGAUAUCAAUUAAGGCAGGACGAUGCAACUGCUCUGAAAAGUAUUAUUCAAAUAGUACAGUCGAAACUUUCCGGUCAAGCCAAUGUCAUGACGCAUGUUAUUGUACGCUUUUGCAACAUGAUAUCAGCUGAUCUUAUGCACUUCAGUUCCCGAGCCCGUUUCAUGGUCGAAACUUUGACCAACCUCAAGAACAACAGGACCAAGCGUGGCACUGCCCACAAUGCUGGAGAUGAAACUGUGGAACGGCUGCGGAAAUUCCUGGCUGGCUUGGGCAAGAAGAGACACGUUCUUGCACACGAGCCACUACGUGUAACCCUCGCAGACCUGCAUUCAGCAGAAAGUAAGGGCAAGUGGUGGAUCGUUGGCGCUGCAUGGGGAGGCGAUCCUCUGGUUGAGCACGCAGAAAAUCAGCGCGAAGUCCAAGACAAGGCUGAAUCAGAUUCUAUUGACAAUAACGUCUUACUCAAACUAGCAAGGAAACAGGGUAUGAAUACAGAAAUCCGACGCGGAAUAUUUGUCGUUUUGAUGAGCAGCGAUGACUAUGUGGAUGCUUGUGAGAGGCUGUCGCAGCUCAAACUGUCGGAUGUUCAGCAACGAGAAAUCAUCCGGGUCAUCCUCCAUUGUUGUGGAAACGAGAAAUCGUUCAAUCCAUAUUACAUACUUGUUGGCCAACAGCUGUGUCAGACGUCUCACUCACAUAAGAUCACAUUGCAGUUCUGCCUAUGGGAUUUCCUGCGGGAUCUGGGUGAGACGAAUGUUGGGGGAGCCGAGCUGAUCAAAAAUUUGGGUGAAGAUGGGGGAUUCGGCGUGAAGAACAUAUCGUCCACAAGAAUGAAGAAUGUAGCGAGAGCCUAUGGGUGGUGGAUUGCGAAGAAUUGUUGCACUCUCGCUAUCCUAAAGCCCGUGGACUUCACCGUGCUCAAACCGCGAUCGCAAACCUUCCUCAAAGAGUUGUUCACACACAUAUUCAUAAGCACUCAGCUCUCCACUCCACUACUAAAUGUUGACCCUGAGAAUAUGCCGACGACUAGAAACAGAAGUCCAUUGGAGGAGGUUUUCAUGAAAGCAGCGAGGAUGCAGACUCUGGCUAUUGGUCUGGUAUAUUUUGCGCGGCAGGCAUUCAAUGAAAGCGACGAUAACAGUGGAUAUCUAAACUGGGCUAGCCAGGUGGCUCGAGACACAUUGCGGACAGGGAUAGAUAUCGUUGCAGGGCUGUGA